AUGACCGAAGUAGCAUUUGGACGGCGUCGCAGUGUUGACGUCGGCGGUCUGGCGUUAGCCCUUAGCGAUGGCACACUGGGGCACGGUUGGGGAGGCUGGGAGGAGACAGAGAAAGGCGAAACAAAGUAUGCCGAAGUGCUCAUCGACGUGCGUGCACACACCGAGACUGUCAUCAAUCUUGAGGCCAUGCCAGAUUUGUCCUUCACCGCGCUCGAGAAUCCCAUACGUACACGCCUCGUUGAGUUCCUUGGGAGCUGGAAUUUUGAGCCGCAGAAGCUUCCAGACGAAGAGAUCCUCGCCUGCACCUACGUUCUUUUUGAGGCCCUGUUUCGUAUCGAAGGUAUGCAGGAGAGGCUGUGUGUACCCUUGAGCCAUAUUGCCGGCUUCCUGUACCACCUACGGCAGGUAUACCGUCAGGGCAACACCUACCACAACUUCCAGCAUGCGCUCGAUGUCUUGCAAGCCACAUACUUCUUCUUGUAUUCUGCGGGGAUGGCCCCUCCUGUAUCAAUUUUACUGCAUGCAGACCCACGAACAUGGAAACGAGAUAAAGACCAAACUGAUGAUUCCCUCCUUUGUUGUCUCAAUAAUGAAGAUCUGUUUGCAUUACUCAUUGCAGCGGUAGGCCACGAUGUCGGGCAUCCCGGACUCACGAAUACGUUCAUGAAAAACGCCAAAACACCUCUGGCGGUGGUGUACGACGACAAGUCAGUGCUUGAGCAGAUGCACGCCGCGUUAAUCCUGCAGAUCAUGCGGCACAAUGGACUCGGAUCUUUGCUCGACUGCUCCACGGGCGGCGCAACGUUCCGCAAGGUACUGGUCGGUACCGUGCUCGGGACGGACAUGGGCAUCCACUAUGACUUCAUAACGGGCUUUCGUGAGCUCAUCUCAGAUGGUGAGACGCCUGAACUCCGACGGAAGGUGUUGGUUUGUCAGGCGCUCAUCAAGUGCGCGGACAUCAGCAAUCCCAGUCGCCCCUACAUAGUCUCGCAGCACUGGGUCACCGCGCUCGAGUCGGAGUGGAGCAGCCAGCUGCUGCUCGAGAAGCAUCUCCGUCUGCCCGAAUCCGUCAAGCCCUCGGACAAUCCGCUGAGCGAGGCGCGCGGUCAGAUAUGGUUCAUCAACACCUUCGUGCGACCACUAUUCGAGCUCAUCGCACAGGGCAUCCCCGCAAUGGAACCCUUUGCGGCGCAAUGUCGCGAAAACCUUGCGACAUGGGAGGCUCGCAGCACUGAGCUUGCGGACGUCGCCCCCGCCCCGCACGCUACGCCACCCGAGGACGUCGGCGUCGAUGUUGGCUCCGCGCAUCGCAUUUCGCGCUUCCUCUCUGCGUUUCCUCCUACACUCCCCGAGUCCUUCCGCACGGCAGAACAGCAGCCGACACCGUCCCCUCUCUUUUCUCUACCCUCUGCGCUUGUUUCGGCGCCCGGGCCGGUGCCCACGUCGCCGCCGCUUUCACCACACAGCUUGUCCACGGAUUCCAACUCGAGCCACUACCAUAGCUGUGGGUCGUCGCCACUCACGCCGCCGCCGCCGCCGUUGCUGCCAAUGUCCCCGCCGGCUACUGUGCAGCUCCCUCGGCUGACACUAGCGACACCCAGGUCGAGCCCCGAGCUCAGCACGGCAACUUCCCCUUCGCCAUCGUUCGUGUCAACGGCGACGGCGCCGGACCGUACUGCGACGGAUGCCAUCCGAGCCGCGUACAAUGCCAGUGUGCGCAAGAAGAAGAGCUUCUAUCGCAGCUCGUGGAACCCCGGCCAGCCCACCUCCAUGCCAUGA